AUGCACGCGAUUAUUGCGGCUUUGUUGUCUCUCGCGACGCUUGUUGUCGCUGCGCUUUAUUCGGACCCGGCGCAGCUACCUCAGAAGGAGUAUGACUUUGUCAUUGUUGGCGGCGGCACAGCAGGCAACGCCCUUGCGGUCCGUUUAAGCGAGGUUUCCAACUUUUCCGUCCUCGUCAUCGAGGCCGGUCCAUCAAACUUGGAUUACCCCGAAAUCGCUGUCCCCUUCCUCGAGUUCUCCUCGGUGAUUACCAAUCCGAACAUAUCCUGGAACUAUAAUACUACACCACAGAUUGGUCUCAAUAACCGCUCUAUCAAUUACCCUCGUGGCAAGGUGCUCGGUGGCUGCAGCUCGAUCAACGUCAUGAUAUGGACGCGCACCUCCGUCGACGAUUGGAACCGCUAUGCAGCCGUCACAGACGAUCCUGGGUGGUCUUGGGAUGCUAUGUUCCCUUACAUGCUUAAAACCGAAAGCCUUGUCCCACCUGCAUCAGACCCUACACCAGCCAAUCCCGGCUCCGGGGAGUUCAAUUAUGCUACCGACUACGGUAGGCUCAACCCCGCCGUGCACAACACUACCGGCCCAGUCGAUAUCAGCCUGGCGGGAUAUCCCGGCGACAUCGCCUCGCGAGUCUUCCAAACGUCCUUCGAACUCCCCGAGAUGUUUCCGUACGUGCUCGACAUGAAUGCGGGGUACCCGCUCGGCUUCGCUCAGUUCUCAAUCAACAGCCUUGGGAGGCGGAGUAACUCUGCAACGGCAUAUCUCGAGCCGGCGAUUAAUCGCUCUAACCUCGACGUGCUCAUCACUACGCAGGUGACACGUCUUAUUACUGCCGCGGACUCGGCCAAUACGAGCCUGCCGACGUUCAAUACAGUCGAGAUGGCUCAGAGUGCUAACGGCACACGCUACACCGUCUCCGCGAGUAAGGAAGUCAUCCUCUCCGCAGGAUCAAUCAAUACGCCGCAGUUACUCUUACUGUCGGGUAUCGGCGCGCCGUCCGCGCUCGCUGCGCAUAAUAUCACCCUGCUCGUCAACUCGUCCGGCGUCGGUGCCGGACUGCAGGAUCACCCGCUGUUCGAAAGCCACUGGUAUGUCAACUCAAACGGUACAUUCGACCAUGUCCUCCGGAAUGCGACCUUGCAGGCAGAGGAUUUAUCCCUGUGGGAGAGUGAAGGGCGCGGUCUGUACGUUGGUCCCGGAAGUGUUCAGAUCGUGUGGACGAAGCUGGAGAACGAGAGCGUUGUGUUUGGGUCGGGAGGCUAUCCGGACCCGGCGGCGGGCCCGAGCAGUCCGCACAUUGAGAUGUUGCCAACUGACGGGUUUGUGUCGCUUGUCGAAAGUCUGCCCGACACGGGUAACUUCUUCACGAUGGUGGCAAGCGUCGUAUCUCCCGCAUCACGCGGCUGCGUCACACUCGCCUCCGCGAAUCCGUUUGAUGCACCGUUGAUUGACCCGGGUCUGCUCUCUAAUCCAUAUGAUGUGCUCGCGGCGGUGCAAGCCGUCAAUCAAUCGCGUCAAUUUCUCUCCGCACCGACGUGGGACGACUACAUCCUACGCGAGGCACCCGAUCUUGCCGCGGCGCAGAGUGAGGCGGAGCUCGCGGCGUUCGUGCGGAACGGAACGACGACCCUGUGGCACCCCGUGGGGACGGCGCGCAUGGGCACGCCUGACGACGAAUUGGCGGUGCUCACAUCGGACCUACGGGUGAAGGGUGCGCAGGGACUGCGCGUCGUGGAUGCUUCGAUAUUCCCGUAUAUCCCUGCGGGGCACCCGCAGGCAUGCGUAUAUGCGGUAGCGGAGCGCGCCGCGGACCUGAUCAAGGAGGCUUGGGGCGUACUCUGA